CAGCUCUCCGGCCGCGCUGCCGUGCUCGGCCCGGGCGGCCCGCAGCGCAGCCGAGGCCGGCAACGGGCAGCCCCAUGCGGCACGGGCGGCCCUAGGCUGCGAGUCGGCCGCGGCAUGAUGCGGCUCCCUCUGCGCCUGGCGUGGCUGCUCGGGCUCUGCAGCCUCUGCCGCGGGUACUUCGAGGGGCCGCUGUACCCCGAGAUGUCCAACGGGAGCCUGCACCACUACUUCGUCCCCGAUGGGGACUACGAGGAGAACGACGACCCCGAGCGGUGCCAGCUGCUGUUCCGGGUGAGCGAGCAGCGGCGGUGCGGCGCGGCGGCGGCGGGCGGCGGGCUCAGCCUGCGCGAAGAGCUGACGGUGCUGGGGCGGCAGGUGGAGGACGCGGGCCGGGUGCUGGAGGGCAUCGGCAGGAGCAUCUCCUACGACCUGGACGGGGAGGAGAGCUACGGUGCCUACCUGCGCCGCGAGUCCGCCCAGAUCAGCGACGCCUACUCCAGCUCGGACCGCUCGCUGAGCGAGCUGGAGGGCAAAUUCCGGCAGGGCCAGGAGCAGGGCGGCCGGGAGGAGUCCCGCCUGGGCGACAGCUUCCUGGGGCUGCUGCUGCACGCCCGCGCCCUGCUCCGAGAGACCCGCCACGUCUCCAGCGGGCUGCGCGACAAGUACGACCUGCUGGCGCUCACGGUGCGCAGCCACGGCGCCCGCCUCAGCCGCCUCAAGAACGACUAUCUCCGCGCCUGAGCCGCCGCGGCCGGGCCCGACCCGCAGCAGCCUCGGCAGACACCCCCAGCCCCGCCGCCGGGCCCCCCGCACGCACGGCCCUGGCGUCCGCCUGCAAGGAGCACCUCCUUGGACAAAGCCUGCAGUUAGGAAGCUCGGAAAAGGCAUC